AGGAAAUAGAAGUACUCCAGAAAGUUUACAGUCUGCUGAUUAAGCUUUGGAACAAAAAUUAAGGCUAAAACCGUGUAAAGAAGCUGCUGCCGAAGCUGCUACAGAAACCAAUGUCUUUGUGCUUUCCGGCCAACGACUGCAGGACACUUUAUAUUCAGGAAUACAUAAAAAACAGCAAAGUGGAGUCAAGUACAUGCAGCUUCAUGGGCUUGGAAGAUCACCUGGGGCAUGAUGAAGGCCACCUUCAUGUGGAAAGCCCUGUGACACAGAUACGUGCCAUUGUACCUUGGCCAAUGGUGGAGAAACCAACAAUGGAUAGAAUUAACUCUAGGAAGGAGGAUGCUGAAAAGGAGGUGCCUGAAGAGACUGGAAGCUCCAGUUGUGAUUCAGAAGAAAGCACGAAUUCGGACAACGAACCGGAGAGAUCGGGCAGCGUGGCAGUCGAUUCUUGCUUGUUAACGAAAGUCCACAGACGGCUAUGUAGGUCUCCCUGCCCAGAACCUCACAGACUCAAACGCGGUGAAAUCUUCCAAGAUCUUAAGACAGAGGAAGUUCCCACGACACUUAAGGGCGUGACGAAGCCUCCUGACGUAGUGAAAGAAUACCAAACCAAACUGGAGUUUGCACUUAAAUUAGGCUACUCCGAAGAACAAGUUCAGCUUGUGCUCAAUAAACUUGGUACCGAUGCUUUAAUCAAUGAUAUUUUGGGAGAACUGGUCAAACUUGGAAAUAAAAGCGAGGCCGAUCAGACUGCCAAUUCUGCUAACGGGAGCAUAAUGCGGGAAGCAUCUUCUCUCGAAUACCAGAGGUCUGAAUCUCCACUUCAGGAGGUUGUGACAGAUGAUGGCGAUAAUCUGAGGCCGAUAGUUAUUGAUGGCAGCAACGUGGCGAUGAGCCACGGGAAUAAAGAAGUAUUUUCCUGUCGAGGAAUAAAAUUGGCUGUAGACUGGUUCUUGGAAAGAGGCCAUAAGGACAUCACAGUGUUUGUUCCAGCCUGGAGGAAGGAGCAGUCGAGACCUGAUGCUCUCAUAACAGAUCAAGAAAUUUUGCGAAAGCUGGAAAAGGAGAAAAUUCUGGUGUUCACUCCAUCCCGCAGAGUACAGGGAAGAAGAGUAGUGUGCUAUGAUGACAGAUUUAUUGUGAAGUUGGCUUUUGAAUCAGAUGGGAUCAUUGUAUCCAAUGACAACUAUAGGGAUCUCGCUAAUGAAAAGCCAGAAUGGAAGAAGUUCAUAGAUGAACGAUUGCUGAUGUAUUCAUUUGUCAAUGACAAAUUCAUGCCGCCCGAUGAUCCUCUUGGCCGCCACGGUCCGAGCCUGGAUAACUUUCUGAGGAAGAAACCUGUCGUCCCUGAACAUAAGAAGCAGCCGUGUCCAUACGGGAAGAAGUGCACCUACGGGCAUAAGUGUAAAUAUUACCAUCCCGAAAGGGGAAAUCAGCCUCAGCGUUCCGUCGCUGACGAACUCCGGGCCAUGUCGAGAACCACAGCAGCCAAAACCGCGAGCGAAGGAGGGUUGGUGAAAAGCAACAGUGUCCCUUGCAGUACGAAAAGCGACAGCGCUUCCGACGUCAAGCGCGCGGCUCCGAAGAGGCAGUCGGAUCCCAGCAUAAGAACGCACGUCUACCAAGAUUUGGAGGAAAAGCUUCCCACCAAAAACAAACUGGAGAGCAGGUCAGUCCCUUCUUUAGUCAGCGUACCCGCCGCUCCGGCUACCAAAACCCCGAGCACCGCGCCUCCGAGCAACGGCCUUCCGUCCGGAGUUCACUUCCCUCCUCAGGAUCAAAGAUCGCAGGGCCCGUAUCCGCCGAUGAUGAUGGCGUCCAAAAAUCACGGGACGCCGCUGCCUUACGAACAGUAUCCCACGUGCGAUUCGCCCGUGGACGUAGGGUAUUACUCCAUGUUGAGCGGGUACUCGAACCUCGGCCUCUCGGGCCCGCGGAGCCCCGAGAGGCGCUUCUCCUUGGACACGGAUUACCGGAUCAGCUCAGUGGCGUCCGACUGCAGCAGCGAAGGGAGCGUGAGCUGCGGGAGCAGCGACUCGUACGUGGGCUACAGCGAUCGGUCUUACGUCAGUUCCCCCGACCCGCAGCUGGACGAGAACCUGAAAUGUCCACACCUGCACCCCCACGGCCACGGCCGCCUGGGCUCCCAGGCCUUCCUCCAGACUUUCCACGACGCCUCGAUCCGAGCGCAGACCUACGGGCACGAGGACCCCAAGCAUCACCCCAGCGCCCCUCCUCUCCCCUACGCGGCCGUGCCCCUCCAGCACCCGGCCGCGAGCGCCCGCUCCAGCUGCCCCGGCGACUACCCCUCGCCCCAGAGCUCGGCCCCGUCGAAGGCGCCGCAUCUCGGGAGAUCCCUGGCGUCCACCCGGCUGGACAGCGGGUCGGAUUCCCGCCUGUACGACGGCUCCCCUUCCAGGCAGAGCCAGCCGCGCCCCCGCCCCGACGGGCUCGGGAGCUGGGAGCGGCCGGGUUUCGGGAUGGAUCCCUACGGCUAUCGCCAGACCUACUCUCUGCCGGACAACCCCACCCAGCCGUGCUACGAGCAGUUCGCCUUCCAGAGCCUGCCCGAGCAGCGGGAUCAGACGUGGAGGAUACCCUACUGCGGCCCGCCGCCGGACCCCCCGAGGUACCAGGAUAACCGAGAGAAGGUGUACGUCAACCUGUGCAACAUCUUCCCGCCCGACCUGGUGAGAGUCGUCAUGAAGAGGAAUCCCCACGUGACGGACGCUCAGCAGCUGGCGGCGGCCAUCCUGGUGGAGAAGUCCCAGCUGGGUUUCUGAGAGAGGCUGCAUCUUUGCGACGUGCGUGCGGCGGUUUGCGGUUCAGCUCAAAAGCUGAGGGACGUUUGCUACAAUAGCAUUUGCGAUCUCCUUCUCGGCAAGGAGGUUAUACUAGUAAUCCAUUUAUGUGAAAUACUCGAUCGUGGAAUCCGUUUGUACAUAGGCUCAAGCUUCGGAAAUACCGCGGGGUCGCUUUCCGUUCAAACCCGACCCUUUUUUAAGAAGAGAAAGUUGCCCUUUGUAAAACUAUAUUCGCGACUGGGUGGGGGGGUGUUGGCCAGUUUAAUAGAUAUAUCUAUGAUAUUCGAGACUGACCUUUGGUGCAUCAGGGGUUUAUAUGCAGCACUUUUUAUCGGGUUUCAAGUUUGAGGAACUCAAUUAGUAUUCAUCCAUCGUUUGCAAAGAAUAUCUGCAGAAAGUUGAGAGCAUUUUGGGUAGACCUAGAUGACUUUUUUUUUUUCAAGCCAAGCUUCAUCUGAACUUCUUACAGUGUUUUUAAGUUAUUUUAUUUGGGGAGGGGGGAGGGAAGGAGUGGAUUUCUUUGUAUUUUAACCGUUAUUUAUAGAAAAGAAAGACCGCGGCACUGAGUUUAUCUUUUAAAUGAAACGUACGUUACCGGUUUGUGUUGAAAUAGGUAACAAUAUAUUAGAAUGGUUUACAGUACGGCACUUUUCAUGGUUUCAUUUGGGGUCGUUUUUUAAUUUUUAAAAAGUUGUUUUAAUGUGUUCGAGGAGAGAGCAGAUGCAAUCAAUGGAAAGGAAUUGGUUUCCAUUUUUUUUUUUAGGUCAAGGCAAAAGCCUUUAAUGCUGCAGUUCCAACUGGCUCUGUAUUGGUGCACAGUCGUAUUGGAUAAAGUACCCAUUUCACAAUAUUUAGUUUUUUAUCUAAUUAUUCUCAAUACAAGUUUUGUAUUUAAGAUACCGUUCGGUUUUCUUGCUAUUUAUCGAGGCUGGCCUGAGACAGUUCUAUGUGUUGAGGAUAUGCAACAUUUUAUUGAUACUGCACUAUAUCGGGUCAGUGGUAACGCUGUAAAAUGAUAAAUUAAGGUGUUUUUUGUAAGAUACUGUAUAUUUUCUGGAAGGUAGCGUUCUCUAGCCUCUUGUAUUAUUAAGGCCUGGUUCUUGCCACAGAUAGCGUAGUUUUAGAAACAGGCGGAAGUCUGUUCUUGUAUAUUAGUAAGGGACAUUUUUGGUUUCAGAGUUACGGGUUUUGCUAGCUGCUUGUGAAUAUUUUUAGAGGUUAGAGAGUAGGCUUGGCAAUCAGCGACAGGCAGUGGUUUGCUUAACAGAAUUUGGACUGUUGCCUGCUUUUUCGGAAGUCCAUAUAAGCGUCCGAUCAGAGAGUCAAUCUCCUGAAACCACCUAGGAGAUCUCGUAUCUCACAACGUUGUUGCCGAUUAGCCUAUUAGCCGCGGUGCUGAGCAAAACCCUGAAGAACCAGAAUGUACCUUUUGCCGUUGAUACAAAUUGUAUCUUUUUAACUAUUUUCAUUUGUAGAUCUAGUUAAAACACAAAUGUGUAACUAUAUUUGAUUAGACAUUUAGGCAACAUUUUAUCCCUUAUUUAAAUGAAAAAAAAAAUGUAAGUAGAUUUGAGGUCUAGAGUAGGGUAGCCAAAAAAAGUUCAGUAAUUUAUUUAGCUAAGUAAAGUGUCCGUCUCGAUUUCAUAUAAUAUAUAUUAAAAUAACUUUAUUGGCAAUUUCUUCCUCCUAAGACCUAGCGAGUGUGAACUUGACUAAAAAUAAAGGUGAAAUGCUGCCUAAAAAUAAUGUCCAAGCACCUUUUAACUAGGAUAACAUUUUCACUACUUAUGUGACACCGUGUGUUGCACCGAGUAGGAUUUGGGUAUACAGUAAAUGCUUCUAAAAAGCAUUGUGCUUAUUGACACAGCCAAUAAUCUGAACCAUGUUCAGCAAACUUAAUACAGAAAGUGUUCCUCUCUACAGCUUUUACUGUUGUUUUUGAGGCCGAGUCGACAUUCACCCGUCUCCUGUGACAACAAGGCGGACGGUGCAAACGGGCUCUCUCGAGCGGUGCCCGUAAGGGAGGCAUCCCUCACCUGUAGAAAUCUUUCUCAUUGAUUUUAUCGGUCACUUCGUUGAACGCGUUUUACGGUAGAGACUGAUUCAGUGCCAUUAACGGAGUUUCGUUUGUACACGGUCCCGGUCUCCGUUUGAUCGUGAAGUUACCUUUUAUUUUUUAAAAUUUAUGGAAGCAGACUUGGCUACAUCAUAGCAUGGCGGGGGGCACUAUACUUACUGACGGUGUGGUGAUUUGAUCCGGACUUUUCGUUUUCAUUUUUCAUCUUCAUCUUUCAUCAUUUUUCAU